AGGGGGGCGGACAGGCGAAAGAGCCCGGUACGCGCGUGCGCAGGAGGACGCCGUGGCGGCGGCGGCAGCGCUGGCGCUGGAUAGUGAAGUUGGGUGAAAGCGCCGCCGAUAAAAUGCAUAAACUUAAAUCGUCUCAGAAGGACAAGGUCCGCCAGUUUAUGGCAUUUACCCAGGCUGGUGAAAGGACUGCUAUAUACUGCUUAAUGCAGAAUGAGUGGAAACUAGAAGUGGCAACAGACAACUACUUCCAGAACCCAGACUUGUACUACAAAGAAUCCAUGAAAAAUUCAAUAGACAGAAAGAAAUUAGAACAAUUGUAUAACAGGUACAAAGACCCACAGGAUGAAAAUAAAAUUGGCAUUGAUGGUAUUCAGCAGUUUUGUGAUGAUUUAAGCUUGGACCCUGCCAGUAUCAGCGUUUUGGUUAUAGCAUGGAAAUUCAGGGCAGCCACUCAGUGUGAAUUCAGUAAGAAAGAAUUUGUAGAUGGCAUGACAGAACUGGGGUGUGAUACUACAGACAAGUUAAAAGCUCUUUUGCCAAGACUGGAACAAGAAUUAAAGGAUCCAAUGAAAUUUAAAGAUUUUUAUCAGUUUACAUUUAACUUUGCUAAGAAUCCUGGACAGAAAGGUUUAGAUCUAGAAAUGGCAAUUGCGUAUUGGAAUUUAGUCUUAUCAGGAAGAUUUAAAUUUCUAGACCUUUGGAAUAAAUUUUUAUUGGAACAUCAUAAAAGAUCGAUCCCUAAAGAUACUUGGAAUCUUCUUUUAGAUUUUGGAAAUAUGAUUGCAGAUGAUAUGUCAAACUAUGAUGAAGAAGGAGCGUGGCCAGUUCUAAUAGAUGACUUUGUGGAAUAUGCACGACCAGUAGUCACAGGAGGAAAGCGUAAAGCUUCCUAACCAUAGACUCUCCUCAGUGGACUUUUAAGUUUGCAGUUUGAGCUGCAUCAGGUAAUGAAGACAUUUUGGCCAAUAACUGUGCGCACUCUUUGGUAGUCGUGGUGGGAUGCCACCGACAGAAUGGAGAUCACUACUUCUGCUUCAAAGAAAAUGAUGGCUGAUUCAUGGACUCUGCAAGAAGAAAGUCAGAAGAUAGCCCAGGCUGUUCGUAGGGUAUUGGCUUCAAUUAUUGUACUGGUUGUAUCAUAUAGGAUGUAGAUUUUGCAUGAUUUUAUACUUUGGAGAAGUUUAACUAGAGGCCAUUUUAGUAAAGUUUUGACAGCACAGCAUGCCGUUCAGUUCAUAACCCAGGGUGAACACCAGCAGUUACAUAAUUACAACUGUAUUAUAUUGUACUUAUAUUAAAAGCAGUAUUUGUGGUAUAUAAAUUAAAUCCCUGAAUAAAA